AUGGAAAAACAAGUCGAGGGUUAUUACAUUCCAGUUAAAGCCUAUAACUUUGUAGUCCCUGAUGAUGCUUUUGAAAAUGAUGAAGACCGUCCAAAUGCUCAAGCAUUGGUCUCUAAACUUCCUAUAAAACAUUUGAUAAAUAUCUUUUAAGCUUGUGCAUACCAAAAAAAAUGGUUGUUUCCAAUAUUUUGAUUUAAAAUUUUUAAAAAGAAUUUGAAAUCUGGAAUUAAAAUAGCCAGCGUACUAUACAAAGCAAGCAAAUAAAGCAAAGCAUUCAAGCAUGGCUGCACCUGGAGCCAAAAUCAAAAUUCAAAUGCCAAAAAAUUUGCUAAUUUCUAACACAAAAGAAAAAGAUUCAGAGGCUACUGAUAGCAAAACAGAUUUUGAUAGAAAUUCUGAGAAAAAACCUCAAAAAAUAAGGCCAAAUACCGCAAAACCAAAAUGGAAUGAUAAAAAUAUAUCAACAGAAGAAGACAUUCUUGACGAAAACCAAGAAGAAAAGCUAAUGCUAUUUGAAGAAGUUGAAGAAAAACCCACAGCAACUAUGGCUCAAGCACCAAGAAAGAUAGAAAACCCCCAAAGUAAAGCGUUAUAUCAGCCCAAAACUCUUCAAAGACCUUUAAGUGCAGUAACCAAAGCAAAAGUUCCUGAAAUUUUCAAAGAAGGGAAAGCUAUAACUAAAACUGAAAAAGCCCAAAAAGAUGAAAUAAAGCAAAAAGCGAUAAAAAAAGUCUCAGAUUGGAUGGAAGAAGCUGACAGAAAAAGAGAAAAAGAAGUCCAAAAAAUCCAAAAUUUAUAUCAAUUUAAAAAAUCAGAUAGCAAACUGUCAGAAAAUAUCAAAGAAUUAAUGAAAAGACUUAGCAAAACUAACGAUAAGACUAGUAAAACAAUUGGAACUGUAUUAAAAACUUCAAAUUUCAGCGAAACCAAUUCUUUAUACUCCUCAACCCAGCAGCUGAAAGAAGAUAAACUAGUUUCUGAUGAAGUUUUCAGUAUGGUAGAUACAAGAUUUAAGCUAAACCAAAGGAAUUUUACUGAAAGAAGUAUAAAUAACAGAAUUGACCUACACGCGCUGUAUAGCAACGAAAAUAAUUCAAAAAGUUCGUGGAUCCCUGACUUUUUAAUUUCACACGAAAGCUGAAACCCUAGCAAAGAACAAACUGAGGCUGCAUCAGACCACUUUAUUGACGGUGCAGAUUCCCCCGCUGACUGAAAUAAUUAUUAA